UCAUAAAUGCACAGGCCUCAGUUGGUGUCAUCGGAUGUUGUAGCAACGUGAAAGUUGUAGCCAUCUGUUGUUGGUUAUGUUGAUAGUAUAGUAAAUAUUAGUUGAAGUAGCGAUAUGUUCGCUAAAUUCAGUUUGUCUGCGUCUAACGUUCAACGUCGAGCACUGUUUAUGUUCGUCUUGGAUAAAGUUAGCUAAGUGAGCAAAGCACGCUAACAUAACAAUCUAACCUGGUUUAGCUGCCAGACGUAUUUGAAUAGCCGUGGAUAACCUCGCAAUUUUUUGCGCAUUGGAUUUUAGGUUAACGUUACUGGUUGUGAUAGUUUCUCAACAUGCCGGCUGUCAGCAGUCUUGUCCCAGCGCGAUUCUUGACUAUCAUUGCUCACCUUGUUAUAGUGAUCACGAUCUUUUGGUCGAGGGAAAACAAUGUAAAGGCUUGUUUGCCUUUGGAUUUCACGCAAGAGCAGUAUGACAAUGAAGACAGCAAAUUGGUUGUGGCCCUGGCAGUCACCCUCGGCCUGUUUGCUAUAGAGUUGGCUGGGUUCUUCUCAGGAGUGUCCAUGUUCAACUGCAGCCAAGGUCUCCUAUCACUGGCUGUCCACUGCAGCGCAUCCGUAUCCUUGUCUUUCUUUGUGUUUGAGCAGUGGGAAUGCUGGACAUAUUGGGUUAUUUUUGCCAUCUGCAGUGUGCUGCCUGCUUUUGUGGAGAUUCUUCUGUUUAUAGCUGUUUUUGGACUGAAGAAGAAGCCGUUAUGAAAAAUAGUCCUGAUGUUAAAUGUUACAAAUUAGUGUGGAUUGGACAUCUGUCUCAUUGUAUCAAGAGCUACUGUGGCUACAGAAGGUCUGUUAUUUGUUAAUGAUGUUAGAGGAAUGAACUGUAAAACAAUGAUUAACUGACAUAUGUGCAUACACUACACCAGCAAACAUCAACGGAAUAUACAACCUGCUCUCUGUCCAUAAUGUUCUCUAAAUAUUUUUAUAUAUUUUGAGUGAAAUGGAUGCAUAUAUGUUAUUAUGUUUACAUUUAAUUUGUACAGUGGUUCUUUUAGAAACGGUGCGUGCCAGAAUGUAAUUGUCAAGAAAUAAAGUGCUCAUUUGUCGGUGAA